AUAUAUGCAGUAUAUAGAUAGAUAUAUAUAGAUAUAUAUAGUGUAUAAGAGAAAAGAAGACAGAGGCGCCAGUGCCGAAGCUUUAUCUUUAUUAUGCGCCGCUAAAGUGAAUUGUCAAGUGAAAUCAGAAAUGGCUGCCAACGAACAACAACGUAAGGAACCCAAAGAUUUGAGAGAACCAGCUCAUCAUGCGAGGAGACCAAUGAAUGCAUUCUUAAUAUUUUGUAAACGCCAUAGAGGAUCGGUUAGAUCUGGUUUUCCACAUUUAGAAAAUCGUGCAGUUACCAGAGUUCUUGGAGAAUGGUGGGCAACUCUUAAUCCGGAUCAAAAACGUACCUAUAAGAAUUUAGCACAGGAGUACAAAGAUGCCUUCUUAAAAGCAAACCCUGAUUUCAAAUGGUACAAGUUACCAGCUCCUCCUUUACGUACUCUGACUACAAGACCUACGAAUAAAAAACAAGAAGUAGGGAAUGUGGACCAGACUACGGAUAGUGUCAAAUCCGAAUACGAGUCUUCCGAUUAUAUUAAUUCAGAUAAUAAAGACAGUCAAGCUAUACAGCCAGGCAAGCUAGCUGACGAAUCUCAAAUUGGUGGCCUUAGCUCUCUUUUUACUCCGCAAAAGGUGCAAUUAAUAGAUGAGCAAAUAACGAUUCAAAAUGAUGUUCCUGAAUUGAAAGAUGUUACAGCACCUAAACCUCCUAAAAAGAGAAACCCAGAGUUGAUUCUUGCUCUUGAACACAAAAACGAAUGUAAAGUUGAUCUUUUUAAUGAGAAAAAAAGGAAACAUCCUGAAUCCAAUAACAAUGAUCAACAUACAAUGUAUAUAGAAAAUGAUAAAACAAUAACCAACUCGUUCCUGGACUCAAAUGCUAAUUCUGAAGAAAAUAAUUAUAGAGGUGAAAGAACGUGUAAAGGAUUACGGUAUCAAAAGUUUUUAGCUGAACAAAUUAGGCACAUUGGACCAUCUGGACAAAAUAAUAAACGAAAGAAGUCAACUACGUCGUCGUUGUCAUAUAGUCCCGAGGAGCAAUUAAAUGAAAGAAGAAAUUCCAUAUCUUCCAAUGUUAGUGAAAAAACUGAUUCUUUGAGUAGCGAAGGUGGAAAUAGUUCACGUGGUGAAUUAGAACAUUUAGUAGAAAGUGCUGAAGGAAAUUUGGAAGCUUCUAAGCCAGAAGAAACAGAAACAGAAGGCGCAGAAAGCGAUUUGGAUUUUGGACCUUGGACAACACGUAAAAGAUUUCGUGCUGAGGAUUUUAAUUUGGAAAAAAAGAUUGAAGCUUUACCUUCCUUAAGUUUAGAAGAAUUUCAAGAAAAGAAAAAGCUACAGCGUAUAAACAAGAAAAAAGUUUUGCAAAAGUUAAAUACAAAUAAAUGGUGCCAUGAUAAUUCCAAUAGCGGUCAAUCUAAUAGACAAAAUAAUAAAAAUAGAUUGUAUGCUACAAAUGAAAUUCUAGAAGAUGGUGAAAAGUCGCAUUUGGUAGGAAGUCAGAAGAGAAAAGCACGAAAGCAAAGUAUUACUCGUAAUGCAGCAGCAACGAUAACGACGACAACUAUUAUUUCUAAUAUGCCUGGAAAUCAAGAAAUAAAUAAGACAUGGUGUGCAUCACCGGACCUGGAAGCAUUGGCAUGUCUUGCAGCGGUUGCCGCCAAUAGAACAAAACUUACCAAAAAUAAUGAUUAACUAUUAAACCCGCAGUCAUGCAUAAGUCAAAUAUUUGUGCUACAUGGAGCAAGGUGUUAUUAAAUUUUAUCAUCGAUAUAAUUUACUAUCACCGCAGGAUUAUUCAAGUUUCUGAUAUAAGUGCUAUUAUCAUAAAAAAGAAA